AACUAUUUCUGCCUCUGCAACGCAUCGGAUCUCCUCUCUCUUCGCCUGCCAGUUUGUCCGAGCGUCUUAGCUAAGUGGCUGUCUGGUGAAAUAACAGUCGGAUUUGUUCAAUGAAAAGUGGUUUGAGAGGAACGUGAUAUUAGACGUGAUUAUUUCGAGAAAUAAUUUGAAAACUGCAAAUCAUUCUGGCUAACGUUUAACGAAGAUUUACAUGCGUUUACACGAUCUAGGAUCCGAGUGUUCUUGAGGCGUGUUAAGUAGUGCGGACUUAAUCUGGCAGGUCUCCGGUAAGAUUGUCGGAAGUUCAUUAAUCAGGAUUGUUGUGUAGAGCUCUAUCUUUUUAUUCGAGGUUGAUUUCUCUCUUCAGAAUCCUGAAUAAGCCAGUUGUCACCCCCCUUGUGAGUGAGUCAUCUUAGAGACCUGAAAAUACUAUAUAUAGAUUGACUCGCUAACUUUGCUGGACUGAACUUUGACGUCUCAAAAACUAAGCAUACAUCAGCCGAUCAAGCCACUACGUACGCACAAAGAGCCGGGUUAGUGCACUGUAAAAAGUCCGGAGUACCCAAGUUGAGUAGAGCGGACGCCGGCAUACAUAAAUUGGGACUUAACUAGUUAACGAGACAUUAGGAAGGUGAUCCGUGCACGUCCUUUAGGAUACAAAUAUAUUUUAAGCAAUCACAGGUGCGACACGUAGCCACCGGGCAGCAGAUCGCGGUGUCCUCAAAAGGUGAAUACAAGAACCUGUUGUUUACUUCGUAAGAACAAAAGAACUACUUAAAGGGACUCUUGACUAGUCCAGAAAUUAGGAUAGAUAACUGUGAGAAAGCCCAUCGGGAAAAGGGACGUGUUCAGAAGUACAUUGUAUAAAUUGUUGAAGUCACUCGUCAUCCAGUCUAACUUACUCGUUACGUUUCCACCCUUUAUUGUACUGACGACGAGAUAUUACUGAAGACAGUGACAAAUUGGCUCGUCUGACAGGUGCUCCAGACGAGUGCAAUCGGGAUUGAAGAGAAGACGAAAUCCGCCUCCUACCUCUUAAAUUACGGUUCAAACGCACGGAGACUUGCUUCAGCAGAGCUCCAAGCUACGCGAUACUCGAGGACGUCGACUGAACUCUCUAACUUCAAGAAGUUAUCACUCUCUACAGACAAGAAGUGCAAUUUAGCAACACAGAGUCAAAGGAAAAUGGAUUGUAUACGUGACCAGAGCAACAGUUCUAUACUACGAUUGACAGUGACAUUACUGUUAUGUGUUGUUACUUUAGAAGCCAGAACGUACCACAAUAGACACUGGGAGAAUAAAUUGAUAAAGAAAGGCUACGGUACAGAUAACUGGGUGACCAAAAAUCAUAUCGGAAAGCUGCCUUACGGGAAGACGAAGGGUUGUGAGAAGCGUUUCUCUGUUGUCAGUCCCAAACAUACCAUGUGCCUGAAUGUGCACGUCAAAAGGAAAGAUGGGAUAACCGAAACGGAGAAAAAUCUUAUACUCGAAAGACACAAUUAUUAUCGGGCCAAUGUGGAAAAAUUUAACAACCAGCCCCCAGCUACGGAUAUGAAUAAGUUGGUAUGGGACGACCAACUUUCUGAACUUGCACAGAAGUGGGCCAGUAAUUGUCAUUAUGAUCACGAAGAAAGCGAGAAUAGAAACAUUCCAGGCUGGGCCAGCGUGGGUCAGAAUUUAGGGCGUGGCCAGAGAAACUGGCAUCAGGUGAUGAAGAUGUGGCACGACGAGGUGAACUAUUUCAAGUACGGACGCGGGUCGAUUAAUGGUUACGAGACGGGCCAUUAUACACAGAUGGUGUGGGCAGCUUCCACGAGGAUAGGGUGUGGGUUUGCCCAGUGCAAUGGCACCAAGACAUUUUAUGUUUGCAACUAUGCACCAUCCGGUAACCUCAGGCACAAGGUGAAGACCCCAUACAAAGCAGGACCAACUGGAUCUUCCUGCAAGAAGAACUUCGAUUCAAGAUCUGGUUUAUGCGACUGCGGUGGCAAGGUGUGUAAGAACGGGGGAGAGUUGGACGUGAGCACGUGCCAGUGCAAGUGCAAAGAUACAUGGUGGAUUGAGAAGGGAGGCGAAUGCGACCUUGACUGCUCGAUAGCUUUUGACUUGAAUAUCUGCGCCAGUAGCGGUGGAAAAUGGGGGAAACGCGAGUGCCAGAAGUUUGCGGACGUCCCUUACAGUUUUUGCCCCAUCACGUGCAAGCUUUGUCCAAUGUAUGGCGACGUGUACUACGGUGACCCUGACGCUACCAACAAAGUAACCGACUACGAUUACAGUAAUUACGAUAAUUAUGACUACAAUUACGAAGAGGAGCAGGAGGUCACGAACAGUGCAGAGACCAAGAGAAAAGACGACUAUUUUGACAACGAGCUGCCUUUUGAUUACGAUGAUUCGUCAGACAACGAUUAUAAAUUAUUAGGCCAGGAUCAUUUUGAACCACAGGAGACUACUACUACUACGACGACGACAACAACUCGCCCUACUACCACAACGACUACGCCGACGACAACAACAACAACACCAACGACAACGACAACAACACCAACUACAACUACAACAACACCCAGAACAACAACAACCACGACGCGGAAAACCACCACCACAACUGUAGCGCCGAAACUGCCACCUUCAAAAGAGAGGAUACUACAGUUUUCUAGGCCAGAUCUCCCUAGCUGCCUGAUAGUGGAUCCAGCUAUGUGUGGCCAGCCCGGGUAUAGUUUCUGGCCCAAAGACUACUGUGUCUAUCCAUCCAUCAGGUCAACGUGUCCAGCUAUGUGCAAAACCUGCGCAGCCCGCCAGUGCCAGGAUUACCACGGUAAACGCUACCAGGUGGGCGAGUCGUGGGCCAAUGUCCAUGGGCAGUUCACAUGUACAUACACCGGCGUCACCGUAGAAAAAGGCUGUUACAACAGAGAAAAACAGCGGUUUAUUCCUAAAGGCGGCCAGUACCAAGACGACGAUGAACUGUGCACGUGUAGCUGGCACUCCUAUCUCAGAUGUAAGACCAUCACUUAAUCCCCAGCACGUGCCCCGUGCCUAGUCACCAGUUGUGUUCUCUGAAUGUCACGCAUGUCGGAGACUUUAACAAAUACGCGUUCAAGAGGCGUAUGGUUUACAACAACAGCAAAAAAA